AAAACCAUCUCAUCAGACCCUUACACCACAGGAGCACCAUGGCUGCCACCAGCUCCGCGCUCCUCCUCCUCGCCCUCGUGGCCCUGGCUGGCCUCGUCGAUCUGCAGGCCUUCGCGGCCGCCCCGAUGCCCGCUGACGAGGCAGAGGUCUCCUUGGCGGCGGCGACGACGACGGGCAUGGCGGAUCCGGAGCUGGACGGGACGAUGCAGUGCCUGAUCGGGUGCUUCACGACGAUUCUGGGCUGCGCCUUCAAGUGCCUGCGCACGCGCAAGGGCAUUGACCUGCCGCUCUGCGUCAUCGGCUGCAACGACAGGGGCAUUGUCUGCAUGUUCAGCUGCGGCAAGCCACCUUCGCCGCCGGGUCCCAAGCCCACGCCACCACCUGCUCCCACACCCACGCCGCCACCUGCUCCCACACCCACGCCGCCAGAGCCGCCGGCUCCCACACCAACGCCACCAGCGCCGCCUGCUCCAAAACCCAAGCCGCCGCCUGCUCCAAAACCCAAGCCGCCGCCCCCCAAGCCGACGCCACCCUAUCCACCACCUGCGCCCACCCCCACCCCCACCCCCACGCCGCCGGCGCCCCCCACCCACCCAGCCCGCCGCCUUACGCCGAUGGAGACCUCCAACGACGGCGACAAUUACCUUGCAUGAUUCCCGUGAUACUAGUUAGUGCAAUAUGGUAUAAGGAUAUACAUGCGUCAUGGAGAUAUCUUAUUACUGAGUUUGAUCACUUAUGCAUAUUUAUAUGGAGUAGAUGUUUGUGACAAUAGAAACAAUGUCAUAUGAUGACCCCUCGUGUGCUUAUACUAUAUAUUUAUUUAAGCAACAUAGUAUAUAUGUACAUUGGUCUGAGAUUACAAAUAUGUAAUGAUACUUAUUUUAUGUUUAUUUUUACCCCUCUGUAUCUAAAAGGAAGUAUAAAGAAAGGUCUUAUAUUUUGAUA